GCCGUUCUGAGCCUGCUGAGCUUGGACUGCCGUGAUUAUGAACUCGCAUCUGUGAGUGUUCCAUCAAUUCCUCUUAGGAACGCGAAGAAAGAAGAAAGGCGCCCUGAGCCACACAGCUGAAUCGCGUUCUCCUGUCCAAAAUGGCGGCCUCAAGCGUCUCCGAGGGGCCGAAGCUCUUCCAGGGGGUUGCUCGCAAUGACUUUGCCUUUAAGCUGCUGAAGCAGAUGGGGUGGGAGGAAGGUAUGGGGCUGGGGAAGGAGAAGCAGGGCAUUAAGACGCACAUUCGAGUCCGGAAGAAUGUUGAGCAAUCCGGGGUCGGUUUAGCUGAGGCAAAGAAGCAGGCUGCGGAUUGGACGAUCAACACGUCUAUCUAUGACCGGAUCCUGGCGAAUCUGACGGUCAAGAGUGCGGGGGAGCGGACAAGCGGGGCGGAGCAGAAUGACAGUGAGUCAGAAGAUGCGGAGAAAGUGGUCAAGAAGAGCAAGAAGCAGAAGGUCGAUGGCGAGGGCGAAGAAGUGGGGAGAAAGUCAAAGAAGAGGAAGAGUGUAAAGGAAGAGGUGAAAGAGCUAGAGGCGGAGGAAAAGCAGCCGAGGAAGCUGGCGCGGCACGUGGGGCGGUACAAGAAGCGGGAGGCGUCAAAAGCGGUGGCGGGCUAUGCAAGCCACCACUUGCAGGAAAUUUUGGGCGGCCAGCCAUCGUCGCUCAAGGUGGAGCUGCCUGUGGCAGACAUGGGAGCAACCCGGGUUACCAUAACCGAAGAGGAGACAGAAGAUACGGUCGUAGUAAAGAAAAUGAAGAAGAAGUCACGCGACAGCAAAGAGAAUUCGCCGAGCGAGGACCAGAUCCUCUCAGUCAAAAACGAAACUGCAACCGAGAAAAUUGAGACCGCAGUCGGUACGAAUACUAGCGUGACGGUUGUUACAACGAGCACGACAGCUGUCACCGCGAGCACGGCAGGUGUCGGGGGGGGUGCCGAUGCAGCUUCCAGAAGUCUGGCAGAGAGUCCAGACUGGUGGGGCCACAAAUACGGGUUCGUGCGAGGGGGAGGGCUUGGAGAAAAGCAAAAGAAGAAAGAGACUGGGGACGAGGCGAAGCGGGGAUUCUUGGAGCAGGAUCAAGAGGACCUGUAUAACCUGGUGCAGGACAAAAAGACCAGUGGGAAACAGGGCCUUGGGAUUGGCAGCCAGCCCAAGAAGGUGGCCGGCGCGCGCUGGAAGGGAAGCAAGGUCAACUUUGACGAUGACAACGGGAGCGAAGAAGGAAUUGCCGAGGCGCCCUCGGCGGCCAAUGACAAAGCGCCAGCUGUCACCAGCUACAAUGACGUUUUAGAAGCGGUGCGGGGGGCGAGAGACGAGGACUUGGUGGGGAACGGAAACAUUCUGUCGAUUGAGGAUAAGACGAGGAGGGCGGAUGCCAAAGAUAGGGAGUUUCGGAAGGAGGGGGCCGGUGCGGGGGCAAACGAAGGGGAGCAAGCGGGGGUGGGGGCGAUCAAGUGGAAGAAAUUGCUGAUGAAGGAACUUGAGGAGGUGGGGCUCAAGGGCAUUAAGCUGAGCAAACUGCGGAAGCGCUUGGCGGCCGCUGCCUUAGCGAAGCCCGGCUUUGGAGGCCUUGACAAGGGGGAGGUGAAAAGAACGGCCGAAGAUAAGAUCCGGACAAGUUCGAAGUGCAUCAUCAAUGGCGACCGGGUGUUCCCGGCAACAGGGGUGGCUUUGCCCCUCAAGCAUAAAGCGUAAUCUGGGCGUAUUUUGUGCAAAUCGCAACAGAGCGCAAACAUGCAAGGGCUGGCUCGUGCAAAGUCAGCCGGCACGUUUGAAUUGAUUCUUAUGACAAGGAAGGUACAUCUAGAUAUUGAUCGGACGGUAGCAUUAUGGAUCCUGAGUAAGCGGUUGAUUCAAUCAAACUUGUAUCAACUUAGGUGAAAAUCUUCAUGUCUUCAUUAACUUGCUCGUGUUUCACCUGA